AUGUACCAUCAGAACACCCAGCAUACGCAAGAGACUGCAGCAGUUAUCAAUCACACGUGGCCAGACUCAGAAGCCUCAUAUCAUAUGAGUAAAGGUACAAUAAAUCUCACUAAGCGGGUAAUGGCAGGUAACAUACAAUGCAUACAAGUAAAUCUUCAGAAGGCCCAAGCAGCAAUGGCGCAAGUCAGAAAAUUUGCAAUUGCCAACAAUGCUGAUUUAAUUUUCAUACAAGAACCAUACACAAGAAAUGGCAGAGUUGCGGGAUUCCCCUUAACCUGGACCAUCUUCCAGAAAGAGGAUAUUUUAGAGCCACCAAGAGAGGCUAUAGUAAAUUGUAAUCCCAACUGGUCUCCAUCGAUCCUGGCAGCUACCAGAGAUCAAGUAGCAAUUCUACUGGAGGUGGAAAAUUUUAUCAUCAUGCUCACCUCCAUUUACUCCAGCCCCACUGACGAUCUCGAAGCAACAAUAGCUUUUCUGGAUGCCACUACUCUACCUGCAGGUUCAGCACACCAGCUCCACUGUGGGGACUUUAAUGCUCACAGCACCAAUUGGGGAUAUGCAACUACUGAUCCCAAAGGACGGCUAUUGGAAGACUACAUAUCAUCUAAAAAUCUAGUCAUUCUUAAUACGUCCGAUAUAACUCCGACGUUCGAUCGCAUUUUCGCUAGAGGAUGGCCCGACUUAGCUAUUGCUACAGUACAGACAGUUCAUCUCGUACAAAACUGGGUGGUCCGUGAAGACAGUCUCUCCGACCACAAAUACAUCACCUUUGAAAUUGCAGAACAUACCACGGUCCCGGUAAUCCUUAGAUUUAAUUCACCAGGCCGGAAAAUUAAGAAACUCAGCAAGAACAUGCAUAACAAGCUACUCUCUCUCAAAGACCAUCUUUAUUCAACCCACACCCCAGAAGCUCUCGAAGACCUCACAGAUGCCAUAAUUAAAGGCAUCCAAGAUACCUGCAAGGAGUUACUCCCACAACGAAGUACGAAAAACUACAUUCACUUAACUGGUGGAACAGUGACCUUAGGAUCCAGCAGAAGAAAUGCCGGGUCCUAA